AUGGCUGUUGCAACAGAAAGAAGCCAGCUGAAGACUGCGCAGCCCGAAAUCUCACUGGCGCAUGAAGAGAAGGUUGAGGUCGCUCUCCAAGUUAAUGGUGGCUCCCACAACGGCAUCCAGGUCCACGAGUCACGGUCGAUUGACUUACGAACAAUUCUGGGCUUACUGGCUCUCGCCGUUACCUAUGAAGCCUGCCUGUUCUCCUUCGCGUUGCCUUCAGCGAUUCUCCUCACCAUCAACGAGGAUGUCGGGCCGUCGACCGACAUCACAUGGGCAGCUACCUCAUGGGCACUUGCGAGCGCCGUCGUGAUGACUAUUGCCGGCAGGUGCAGCGACAUCUUUGGACGCAGGAAUUUCUUCCUUACAGGGAACCUCUUGGGUGUCAUUGGGUGUGCAAUUGCUUGCAGGGCGACAAGCACAUCGUUGAUGAUACUCGGAAGCUCAUUCCUGGGUCUUGCCGCCGGGCUCCAACAACUCGCAUUUGCGGCAGCAAAUGAGAUCGUACCGAAGAAGAAUCGUGGGCAGACCUUGGCUUUUAUGAGUGUUGUGUCGAUACCAGGGUCAUGCUUUGGAGCCCCGAUAGCGUAUGAUCUCGUCUCCCAAGGCUCGUGGCGGUGGGCAUACUAUGUGUCUCUGAUCAUCAACGUUGCGGCUUUGCUUCUCAUACUGGUCUUCUAUUGGCCUCCAGACUUUCUCGGAUUACACCCGGACGGCAAGACGCGACGCCAACAAUUCCUCGAGCUCGAUUUCAUUGGGUUGCUUCUCUUUGGCGGCGGCUUGACCGUGUUCCUCGUCGGCGUCGGGUUUGGAGGCAAUCCAUAUCCGUGGACCAGUGCCGUCGUCCUGGCCCCGACCAUCAUCGGUGGCAUAUCCGUCUUCGUGGCAUUUCCGCUUUGGGAGCUGUACAGCCCUGACAAUAUUGCAAAGCUUUGUCCACCUCGACUUAUGCAAGACGUAAGAGCCGUCGUCGUACCUCUAGGAGUUUCCUUUACUGGUGGCAUGGUCCUAAUCAGCACGGGUAUCCUGUGGCCACAGCAAGUGCAACGCCUGUUCACCACAGUCCCACGAACUGUAGGUUGGUAUGGCAUGGCCACCAAUGCCGCGGCAACUGCUGGUCUCAUCCUAGCCGGUCAGGCGUUCUCGACAAUCCGGAAGACCAGGUAUCAGUACAUCUUUGUCGUUGUGAUGAUGACGACGUUCCUCGGAUUAAACGCAACCGUCGACCAGGACACUCCCGCUCGUGCAAUCAUAUUCGUCACGUUGGCCUCUGCCAUGAUUGGCGCCACCAACUGCAUGAGUAUACUGAUUGCGCAGCUCGGGGCUCGCGACGAGGACAUUGGACUCGCCACUGGCCUGGUAAACUCCACGCGAUCGACUGGGGGGGCCAUUGGCGUAGCCAUCUAUUCGAGCUUGCUCGCAAACCGGGUGAGCAGUAUUUGGGCAAGAGACAUCGGCAGAGCACUGGUCCAGGCUGGUUUACCUGCUGCUUCGCUGACAUCAUUCCUCAGUGAGUUUCAUGUUGUACUACCUCUUUCAGCGGACGGCUCACGUUUGAUAGCGGCUCUGCCACAAGGAAACUUUGAAAAUGUGCCAGGCGUCACUCCGACCAUUAUCACAGCAGCGUUGGACGCCCAGAAGAGUGUUUACGCCGACGCUUUCAAGUUGGUUUACUGUGUCACUGUGGCCUUCGGAGGUGGGUAUCAUGGCUAG